AUGGAAGGGUCUCCCACCGCGGUGCGCAGGGGAAUCAGAGGAUACUGGCGGAGGAAAGGCUACGAGCGCCUGAACACCGGCCUGAAACGGAAGCCGCGCGCGGUUCAGCUCGCUACCGGCGGCGGUGGGGACGGAUCGGUGAGGCGGCGUCGAUUUUGGCGGGUGAAGCUGGCGCCGCCGCGGCUGAAGCUGAGGCUCCGGUUCUCGCCGAAGAAACUCCUCAUCCGGCUGCGGGACGCCUACGUCAGCAUGAUGAUGAAGCUCGCGAACUCGAGGGCGAUCGGCGGCGGGUACCCGGCGGCGGGAUUCGGAGCGCGGCCGCUGAAGGAGUACGACGAGCGGAUGAUCGUCGAGAUUUACAAAUCUAUUGUGCUGGCGCAGGGGCAGCUGGUGCCCCGCGACGCCGCCUGGAUUGGAUCCGAAAUUAGCUGCAGACGGUAA